AUGUUGAAGAUGGAGCUGCCAGGCCGGAGGAUAAGCGCAAGACUUCAGAGAAGGUUAAUGGAUGUAUUGAAGGAGGACAUGGAGCAGGUUGAUAUGACGGAGGAGGAUACCAGCGAUGAGCUUUUUUUAACUUCUUUUUGUGUUAGUAUUAUUACCCUAAAGCUGAGUUUUCCCAGAACCUCUAAAUUCCCAAAGUCCUUUCACCCCAGCAUCGUGCCGACUGUGUCUGAUCUCUCUGUCGCUGCUCACAACCAAAUUACAGAGGAAGAUGGACAGAUCAUCUGGAGGGCCUUGCUCCCACACAAAGAUCCCCCGCCAAAGCCCUUUGACCUGUUGGUCGACCAAAGCCACAACGUGCUACCGGAGGCGCCAGUCUGGCAGCGCGGGUCACGGGGUCGUCGCCAUGCUGGUAGAGGCAGGGGCCACCCCCACCUGAUGAGGGUGGGGUGCGUCCUAGGCACCUGUCAGGUUCAGAACCUCAGCCACCGUCUGUACCAGCUGAUUGGACAGAGUGGGAGGGAAGACUCCUCCCCAAUUAACCCCCGCAGUCCUCACAGUUACGGAUAAGGCCACACCCACUCACCCAUACUCAAGACAACUUCAUCAACAUCUGCUGGCAAAUUACCCAGGUCCACUGUUACACUAACUAUAUGUUCAGGCUCAAAAAUAUUGCUACUGUUGUCAUUCCUUAACAGAGCAGUUGUGGGUUUUUACAGCUUGGGUCUUAUUUUUAUAGUUUUAACUAAAACUCUCAUCAGUAAUACAAACACGGUACUCACAGAGUAAACUGUUGAACGCUUUGAAUGAGGCAACAUCAUGAA